CAGAUUACAUUAUACCACAUACAUAUCUCUUAUCUGAUAAAGCAAUAAAACUACAAAAUGGCGCGAAUCGAAAUCUUUCUAGUUUGGGAAAGUAAUUGUCGAAAUAUUUUGGACGAGUUGGCUAGCCUACCGAAUGAAUUAUUAGAUGAAAUCAAAUUGAGAAUUUUCAUGCGCAAAGACACGCCGAUGAAAAACCGACCACCGACGGCAAAGUGGAUAGAAUUGUUCGAUUCUUUUACAACGUCGCCUUAUGCCUCCGACACAACUUUGGCCGCUUUUUUAAUAAAAUAUUUCAAAGAUUUGGCCUUUCUAAGCGACGAGCCAGCAGAAGACGCAACAAGCGAGAACGGUUUCGAACCGGUUGAAUUCUAUUUUGUCGUCGAUUCAGACACGGAACGAAAAUACGACGAACUUAUUGCGAUAUUACAGCAAGAUGCUGGUUCAAAAGUUAAGAUGUCCACGAUCAACGGGCAGGUGGAAGACAUCCCGAAAACACUGGGAUUUCAAUUUUGCAAAAUUUGUUGCAAGACUUUCGAAAACGAAGGCGAAUUGAAAGCUCACAACGGUGAAUAUCAUAACAUAUUUUGCGACAAUAAGCUAUGUCCCAAGAGUAAUACACCUUUCAAGAACGAAGACGAACUUGCCGCCCACAAAGCUAAACAAACGACUUGUUUGCUGUGUAGCACAGAAAGUCCUGUUUUCUGUGAAAAAAGCGCAAAGAUUCUUCACAUGCAAGUCGUUCACGAGCAGGACAUUACUGAGGGCGUACUAACGUGCGAUUUUUGUCCAAAGAAGGCGUUUUCCAGCCACGAACAACAUGAUAUUCACAUGAAGAACACGCACAAGAAAUGCAACUGUGGUUGUGGGGUGUAUUUUGAAACACGUGAGCAUUAUUUAGCGCAUUUUUACGUCGUCUACCCGUUGGCCUGCUUCGAGAAUCGUAAAUGCCCGCACCGAUUCCAAACUGUACUUCACCAGGCAGACCAUCACUGGAGCAAGCAUAAUUCGCAACAUCCGUAUUACUGCGUACCGUGUUCUGCGCGCGACGAGAAUGGCCACGCGGGAGGUCUCGCGAGGAUGUGCGCGUUCAAAGACGAGAAGGCGCUAAGGCACCAUGGCGCCCUCAUGCAACACGCCGAGGUUGAGAUGUUUUUGACACAAGAGAGCUCACAACAUAAACCAACGGCAAAAAGCUCGGCAAUAAACUAUUGUUAACCCUUUUAAAUAUUUUUACGCCUAAUUUAAAAAGACGCGACCAGGGGAGAAAAAACGGGUUAAAAUAAAACUCAGGAAACUGGUCUUGGGUCCACGCAAGGUGAAUACGCGCUCAUAUUUUAACCAAUCAGCGCUCAGAAGGGUUGUCGAAAUAGAAAUCCAUUCUGCACUAUUUA